UUGCAAAUAAUAUCACAUUCUUUUAAUGUAAUGUAAGCGUCUCUUACAUUAACACAUCUUACAGAUUUAUAUAUAUGUGUCUAGCUAUUAGAAAAUUUUAUACUCAUAAUAUAUUACACCUAACAAUAAAUAUAUAAACUUGAAAUUAAGUUAAAUGCUGAUUAAUUUUCCACCAUCUCAUUGAUCUUAUCAUUAAUAAAAUUAAUUAUGCAAAUGAUCAAAUAUUUCUAUUAAUGCUAUAAAUGAUAGCCUGAAUAAAUUCAGUAUGCGUGCAUUUUUAUCCCUCGAUUCGAGUAAGACUAAAUGGAGGAAGAAAACUACGAUGAGGAGAAAUCCGAGGAUAAGCUUGAUGAAGAAAAGGACUACGGCGAAGCGGACCAAUCCGGAUAUGAAUCAACGAUUUCGGACGAAACCGAGCAUACUACGCGCGUGCUGACACACGCCGAGGCCGGCGAGUGUCUCUACAAUUUAGGAAAAUGCGAGGGGGACGAGUACGCCUAUCUCAGCCUGGACGCCUCGGACAGAGAUCUUACUGAUAUCGGCGUGAUACCAUCCUUCAAAUACGUUCGUUACGUGAACGUGUCGGGGAACAGAUUGACGUCGGAGGCACUGCGCGCGCUCGAGGCGAUGCCGUAUCUGCAGACGCUGCGGGCGGACCGAAAUCGUCUGACCAGCGCGGAAUUAAAGCCGAUGCCGUAUCUACAGGAGCUCGCCCUGAACCAGAACAAGUUGACCGACACAUCCGGCAUUCAUCAUACAUCGCUCGAGCGUCUGGAAUUGAAGCACAACGACAUUCGCACCGUGGACAUGGAUCCUCGGAUCCUCGCGAGCUUGAGGACGCUGGAGUUGCGCGGCAACGCGCUGGUCAGCACCGCAGGAAUCUGCUGUCCCAGUCUGACGCGGCUCUUCCUCGCCGAGAAUCAAAUCGAGAAGAUCGAGGAUUUUGGGACCCUCGUGAACCUGAAGACGUUACAUCUGCGAAGUAACAGGCUCGCGAACUUGGACGGUUUCACCGAGCGGUGUCGCAGCCUGAACUACGUGAAUCUGCGCGAUAACGAGCUGCCGAGGAUUUCAGAGCUGAGAAAGCUGGACUGCCUGCCGAACCUGGAAACGCUUAUCGUUCUGGGGAAUCCUCUCCUCAGAGAAGAGGCGAAAGAGGAAGAAGGGAAAGAAUAUCGGCGGGUCAUUCUGGCGAUGCUUCCGAAAUUAAAGAGGAUCGAUAAGGAUCCUGUGCUAGAUCAGGAAAGGAACGAGGCGAAGGCGUUGCUUCAAAAGAUACCAUAAAGAGCGAAUCCAAUUUUGUAGACUUUGAUUUAAGAAAUUAAAGAUAUUUUUUAUAUUGAAUA